AAACACGUCAUGAUCAUGAUGAGACCAAACUACAGCAGGAAAAAGUCUUAGCUGGAAUGUAAACAGUUACUCUUCAGGUCUGGACUGGCUGGUGUUGGCUGCAUGAUUUUAAGAUGUGAAUGUAAAAAAAGUUUGUCUUUGAUCACGAAAAUCGACUUUAUUUUAAAAAACAAAACAAAACUUCAACAUUUUUAAUCAUAUUAUAACUAUGUUCUCACAUACGUUGUAGUUCCAUUACUUUGCCACCAGAGAGAAGCCAAUACUGUGUCCAGUACUGUACAGCUGAGCAGUUGCCGUGAAAACCAAACAAACACUGACCUCUAGUGGGAAAUUGCAGAGACACUAAGUAUGACGUCACAACCGGCAGCAGCUUGAUCGACAGUUGAGCGGAUUAAAGCCUGAGAGAGAAAAAGAACAGCUCAGUAAAGCUAUGAACCCUGAGCACAGACACAAAUCUCAGGACAAGAUUUGUUUUUGUUUGUUAAAUUUGUUUGUUUUUGUUUGUUUAAAUAUAUUUAUUGACCAAUGGAUUUUCGAGGAACUUUUAUUGGAGUUUAAAUGCGACAUUUACAGAGAGUGAGCAUUCCAGCAGAAAGAGGCCAGCUGAUGCGCAUACACACACAGUGAGGAGGAUCAUCCUGUAGCCCCUACACCUUAAGUUAAGAUGAUGACAUCAGUGGUCCUCAGAGGAAUCCGGAAGAAGUCCCUCACACUGAGAGGAGUCGAUCCAGAAACCUGUAUGAUCGUCUUCAAGAACCACUGGACACAGGUGCUGAAGAUCCUGGAGAAACAUGAACCAGGUCGAAGCAGUGUGGCAGCGUUCAGUUUUCUCUCUGGUCACUCCACCAGCAGCAGCUCUGGAGGCCUUCGCCUCGGUCCGAUCCCCGCAGACGAAGCCAGUGCCGUCCAGAACUAUGUGGAACACAUGCUGUUCCUUCUGAUGGAGGAGGAGGCGGAGAAAGGUGGAGCCAUGGGGCCAAUCCUGGAGUUUGUGGUUCUGGAGGGGGUUUUGGAGAGGCUGUUCCUGUGGAGUCUGAGGAGGCAGUUCACUGAGGACAUGAAGCUGGAGCAGCUGAGGAUGUAUCAAAUGCUUCUGACUCAGGGCAAACAGCCACUGCUUCACCACAAGCCAGUUCUGAGGCCACUCAUGAUGCUGCUCGCCUCCUGUGCUGAACCUGGAGCUGACAGCGGUGGUGACGGGGGUGUGGUGGAGGCAGAGCUCGUCCUUCUGUUGAAACAGCUGUGUGUCUCGCUGGUCAAGGAUUCCUCUGUGCUGGAACUGUUUUUCCACACGAGUGAGGAUCAGGGAGCCACCAAUUUCCUGAUCUUCUCCCUGCUCAUUCCCUACAAACACAGACAGGGUUCUGUAGGUCAACAGGCCAGAGACGCUCUGCUGCUCAUCAUGUCUCUGUCGGCGUCUGAGCCUCGAGUCGCUCAGCACAUCAGCCACAACACAUACUUCUGUCCUGUGCUGGCCACAGGUCUGUCUGGUCUCUACUCGUCUCUUCCAGCCAGACUCCAGGUCUACAGUGAAGACUGGAACUUCCUGGAACAGGCGGACUGGCAGCAGGUUCCUGCUCUGGUCCACUUCCUGCACUCUCUGGACUUCUGCGGUGCUGUUACCAAGGUGGCUCAUCCCUCCAUUAGCUCCCAGUUGCUGGGCUACAUCCAUGAAGGUUUCCUGGUUCCUGUCCUGGCUCCGGCUCUACACAAGCUGACGCUGGAGGAGGUGAUGACCACCACUGCGUACCUUGACCUGUUCCUGCGCUCCAUCACAGAGCCCGCCCUCCUCCAGACCUUCCUGUCCUUCAUCCUGCUGCACACUCAUGAUAACGUGCACAUCCUGGACACAUUAGUCAGCAGAGUUAACACACCUUUCCAGUUAGGUACGGUGUCGCUGGCUCUGUUUCGGACUCUGAUUGGUCUGUUCUGUGAGGAUGUGAUGCUGCAGCUUGUGUUCAGGUACCUGAUUCCCUGCAGCCACCUGAGCAGGAAGCAGCGCUGCACCUUACAUCAGAGGGACUGCUACUCCACCAGUGCUGCCACCUUUCUUCUUCUCAUACCUUCACUGUUUUCACCUUCGUACAGCCAGAGCACCGACUUGAACUCUGACCACAUCCACUGGCCAAAAGGAUCAGACUUAAUAUCAGAUAGUGUUGGUUACUGUCGAGGUUCAGACCUCCUGUCCAAUGUCAACUAUCAUCACUACCUUUGUGAUGCACGUCAGGCCAUCACCGUCUCACAAAGGGCCUGUCGACUCUGGUCUGCUCCAUAUGAUGGGGUCAAACCUCCGCCUGAAGGAUACCUAGCUGACCCACCAGAAGAUGAAGAAGAAAUCAUACUACGACUGAAGAGGGACUCCAUCUGCUCUUUGGUCAUGACUCCACCCCCCACACCAACCUCUUCAUCUGAUACCAUGUCCACAGGAAACCACACAGGAAGAACGAGUUCUGCUCUGGAGCUGGAGUGGGACGACAUCUUCACAGAUGAAGAUCCAGCUCCUUCUUUAACUGUAAACCACACACUAGUAAAUGGCAAUGGGGUUACGUUUGGGCAAGAACUUCAUCCUCACCUACCUCCGCAGCACAUCCAAGAAAUGCAGCGCAAUGCUAUCAAGCUGGUCUGUGGCUCAUACGUAGAGGAAUCAGAGUUUCAGGAUGACGUUCUGGUCUAUGAUCUUGUUGCAAAGAAGGACACAAAAGUGGUCAUUUUGGAGCAGAUGUCACAGAGUCAACAGGAUAGUCAACAGAUAACGUCGACGAUUACGAGGAUGCUUACAAAAACACAUAAAUCAGUCAAGGAGUCAGUUAACAACAUUAUGUGGCGAAGGAGCGAUGAUGUAGAAAAGGAGGAUGGGGAGGAGAAGAACAAUGUUUUGGUCAGCCUUGAUACAAACGCUCACAUCAUCAACAUAUGUGAUGAUGCUGGCAAAGAUAAGCAGUUUUUAAAGGAAAGUUUUGCACCGAGGAACUUUAUAAAAUCAAAUAAUUUCUUAUACCAAAAGCACGGACAUCACAACAGUCAGCAUUUACUGUUAAACCCUGCGUUAUCCAACAGCUCAGCUAAAUCUGAGCUACAUUCAACCAGAAACACUUUUCUGUGCCAGUACCAGGAACUCAUGCUGUCCCUCGGAGUGGAUCCAGACUUGGAUGACAAUGCCAAUGACAUCUCUUCGUUCAGACGGCGGGUUAGAGCUUUACGGCAAAAACUGGAGGAAGAGGACGAAGGUCUUGGUGAAGAAGCUUUUGUCAGCUGGUCCUCAGAUGAAGACAAGGAAGAUGCACUGAUAGAAGAAGAAGAAGAAGAAGAAGGAGAGAUGAUAAGGAGACAUGAGGUUCCUUUGACAGGUCCAUUCAUCAGUGUCCUGUUGUCCCGGCUUGAGAACCUUCUGGAAAACUCCAUUGCUGUUAACCUAUUGUUGACGGGCAUCCUGGCACAGCUGGCAUCGUACCCACAACCUCUGCUGCGAUCCUUCCUGUUAGACACGGACACAGCUAACAGUCAGCCCAACGUACGGACACUGUACCAGGUGUUGCUGUCGGUUCAUGCUCAGAUUGAACGCUAUGUUUCAGCCAGACCAGACUUUCCAGCCUUGGUCACUCAGGCCUGGAGGUUCUUGUUGGCCAAAGACCAGGACAGCAAGUUCAGAGAGUCAGUGGAGUCUCAUGCUGGUGACGUACUGCUGGAGCAGCGUCUUCCCAACGGUACUGUGAGGAGCGUUCUGACUCCUCCUCCUGCUGUCGUGCCACCCUGCCCUCAGAUCCCACAGCAUGCCAAGAGCCGAGUGUUUGCCAUUGUGCUUUACGCAGAGUUCCUGAAAGAGCUGGCAGGCGUGGCUCAGGAGCACAGCAUCGCCUCGGACUGUCCUGACGAGGAGGAACCAGAACCACAAAUCAGUUAUUAAGGAAGGAAUGAGGUGGAGCGUCCAGAACCAUAUAACAAAGAUUUACAUCCUAUACUGAAGCAGUUUAUCAGCAGUGGUAUUUCUAAUGCUUGACCCGUUGAGUGUGAACAGAUUGUAAACAGAAUAUUUGGUCCUUAUAUUCAUGGAUGUGUGUAAGUACACUGUAGCCCAGCAAUGAAACUUUUAAAUGUUCACUGGAUAGUUUUCCUCUUGGUUUCUGAUAUUUAUACCAGACUUUUUAAUUUAUUUUAGGCUUUAAUGUCAUAAAAUAACAGUUGAUAUAAUAUUUAAUUUCCCUUAUUGAUAACAUCCCGACACACCUCAGUUGUAUACAGAACCUCAUCGUUUGUUCCCAAUGUUCUGCCCUUUAAUAAAACAAACUAACAUGAAUUAAUGAUCAAUGUCGCCACCUGGUGGUUAACACAUGGUGAGUUGAUAUUUUUCUUUAGGGAACCUAAAUGUGAGAAGGUUUUGUUGUUUUUUUUUUAAGAAAAGAAAAUACUAAUAAAGUUUCAUUAUUCAGAGUUCUGUCCGUGUCCCUUCUUAUAUACUUUUCUAAAGGUUCACAUUUUAAUACUUAGUGUAUCAGCCAUGUAUUUUAGUGUACUGGCUAACUUGAUACUUUAAGGACUCGAGGUUCUUUAUUGUCAUUGCAACACAUGUUAGACAUGGGAUGAAUCAAAUGAGUUUCCCUGGUCCCGGAUCAAGUAUCGGAUCUUGCAGCUAUUGCUAUUUUUUCUUAGGUUUAAAGUUCAUAUAAAAUCAAACCUGCCCCCACUAUUUUCCGUCUAUUUUAGCAAAUGUUGAGAUUAAUCUUUUGGACCUGGCAGAUUUGAAGUACGUGAACUUUUUCUUGGUUGCCUCACUUUAAGCUAAUACUGAUGUAAUUCAAAUUCAACAGUACAUCUGGGAGUCAUGUUUAUGGCUAACUUAUGUAACACGUGCCCAGCUUUUUGAAUUAGUAACUUCAACAGAACUGAAGCCAUUUUAUUGACUGCUGGUUAAAGCCACAUUUUAGCAGAAAUCCCUCUGUUUUUUUGGGCUAACCUUUUAGCAUUAACUUUUAUUGUUUAGGACAAUCUUCAGCUGACUUUAGAGUUUUGACUAUUUCUUUUUACUGAUGCAAAAUCUACUGCCCUUGUAUUUGUUUCCUUGAUUUUAUUUGUUGUUUUUGUAGAUGUAGAGUUUUCUGUGCUUUAGCCAAAUUUUUACUGUCAUACUGUUGUACUGUAUGAGGAGACGAGCUGAUGACGUUGUGACAUCUGUGUGUGGUUUCAGACAGUUCCUGUCUCAAUGAGCAGAGUAAUUGAGGAGUUAGAUGUAGAGAAGUUACCUGCUGACAGCUGCGGAAAUCAGUGAUAGUCUGGAGAAGGUGAAGACUCCCAGUACAUGAUGAAGCUGAUGAUGAUGAUUGCGGUCUUCCUGCUGCUGUGGUCACUGGCUUUAGGGGUCGCUGAUAGCUUGUUGAAGACACCUAUUGACUUGGACGAUGAAGAUUUAUGGCUAGAGAGUGACGACAAUCAGGGCAGCGGAGACAAUCAGUACUUUAACUUCUCUUCAGGGAAGGACACCCGUGACUCCACCAUACCAUCCUCAUACUUCUUCCUCUCCGUUCACCACAGCGCCCCCUGUCUGCUCUACAGUCUCCUUGUCUUGCACAUUUCGGCUCUAUUGUAGCACUUAAAUCAGUGUUUCUGUAUCAGUUUCUCAUUCCAAGGUGACUGCAUUAUGACUACAAACAUAUACAUACUACAUACAAUCUGAUGGAAAUGUGUAGAAUAAUAAAAUGAGUUUAAAGAAGAA